AUGGAUACAUUCCCUCCAUCUUACCAGGCAGAGGUUCCGCUUGCAGCAAUUCAAGAUCAUGAAUCGCACAUUCAUGAACGGGAAUCCGGACUGGGCCCAACACCCAUUACAAUCAACACUGAUGCACUUACGAACCUUGUCAACGGACGACUAGAUUUCAAUGCACUCAAAGAUCUCGAUAUAAAAAUUAGCUUUCACACACAACCCGAACUAAUAGGACAAAUAGAGGUGAUCGAAAAAACCAAGCAGACUCCACAGAAGAAGACCUGGGAGCAACUUCACGCCCUCGUUUUCGAUGUCGCCAAUGCAUCUCUACGUAUCAUCAAUCGUUCUGCUGUAGAAAGUAAUUACACACGCGUUCCUCUCCCUCGCGCGCGUCCCUACAUGAAAGAUUAUAUCUACUACCGUAUGACGCGUGCCAAAAGCGAUCCGCUCAAUUUCCAGUACAUGGCAUACGCAUUGAUAGAUCGUCUUGGUGUUAGGAAAGAAAGAUUAAGAGGAGAGAUUAAGGAGGCGUGGGUGUUGAAUGAUCCCAAGGGAAGACGUUUCGAGACGGUUAGUAAAUGGAAGUAUUGGGCUACGACAACACAGGUGGAGAUGCGUGUUCGUAAGGGACAGACACAGUUUCCUGGAUAUAAACGCUGGUUUCAUUGA